CUCAAGUAUCGGAAACUUCGAGAAACUCGGAUCUUUAUUAUAUUCGAUAACUUCAACUCUCUCUUUAGAAUCGAUCGAAAGAUCAGAGCUUGAGCUGUUGAUCAGAGCCGGAGGCGAUGGCUGUUGUUCUGGAGAUCCAAAAGGAAUAUGGGUAUGUGGUUCUCGUAGUGGUUCUCUACGCCAUUCUCAAUUUCUGGAUGGGAUUCCAGGUUGGCAAGGCCCGCAGGAAGUACAAAGUUUUCUAUCCCACCCUAUAUGCGCUGGAAUCCGAGAACAAGGAUGCCAAGCUCUUCAACUGUAUCCAGAGGGGACACCAGAACUCGCUGGAAAUGAUGCCAGUCUUCUUCUUGAUGACGGUGUUGGGAGGGAUCCAGCAUCCUCUCAUAGCCGCUGGGCUUGGGUUGCUCUAUGUCAUCGCACGCUUCUUCUAUUUCAAGGGUUACUCCACUGGAGUUCCGGAUAACCGAUUGAAGAUCGGUGGAUUAAACUUUCUGGCGUUACUUGGGCUUAUAAUUUGCGCGGCUUCGUUUGGGAUUAAUCUUGUCCUGCGCGAACCUCUGGCGACGAUUCCGUGAACUGAAUGCAUACAUGAGAGAAAAGCAGUUUUUUUUUCUUUUAAAAAAAAACUUUGUUUUUAGUUUCUGUGUUUUGUUUAUGUGUGAAAGAAUAAACAAUAGUUGCUUAUGCUUGUUUCUAUGCUUAAAAUUUUCAUGCUAUUUGUGCUACCUUUUAAUAAUUGUUACUUGAGGCUUUUAA